AUGGCCUACCUGACGAUCGUGUUUUGUCAUGGAGCAUGGCAUAACGUUCAUUUCUUCGACAAGGUUAUUGCCAUCCUCGAACCUCUGGGAUACAGAUGUGUGACUGUACCACUUCCCAGUGCUUCUGGACGUGUGCCUCCCACCACGUCUCUCGACGAAGAUAUCGCUCCAAUCAGGAGUGCCGUCUUGAAAGAACUCGAUGCUGGUCAUGAUGUUCUUAUUAAUGCUCAUUCAUGGGGAGGAAUACCUGCGUCCACUGCCCUAGAAGGGCUAACCAAACCAGAACGAUUGGCGGAUGGAAAGACCACAGGAGUCAUCAAGAUGACUUACGUGGCUGCUUUCGUCCUGCCCGAAGAUAUGAGCUUGCAAGAUUUUGUUGGAGGUCCUCAACCAACAUGGAUCGUCGAUGAUGAUGGAAAUUUGAUACACAAAGGAGACCCUCGUGACAUCUUCUAUCAUGAUGUUGAUCCCAAGGAAGCUGAUGAAUGGACUGCAAAACUCAAAUCUCAAUCUCUAGCCAGCUUCACCACAAAAACGACAUCAGCUGCCUGGAAAAAGAUUCCCGCGGAGUAUCUCGUCUGUGAGAACGAUCGAGCUGUCCCAGCUGUUUUUCAAGAUAUAAUGAUAGGAAAGAUGAAGGAAGCCGGAGCAGAUGUUUCAACGACGAGACUGUCGACUGCGCACAGUCCGUAUCUGAAUAAGCCAGAUGCUGUUGCAGACUUUCUGAAAACGUCGUUUGCGAAAUCAUCUCAAUAA